UCACCUUUCCCUUUCCCAUCGCGUCCCCCAUUGUCAUUCGAUAUAGACUCGUGGCCGAAACGAGCGAGAAUCAUCCUAGUCAUAAGAGAGAGCGCGAGCAAUUGCGGACCACUAUCAUGCGUAUGCAAGUGCUUUUGCUCGUGAGCGCCAUUAGUGGAACAGCGGCUAGGCUCGGUGGAAUCGCACCGACGUCUAUACAGGAGAGUGCGACCGCUUCGGUUUCGACGGCCAGAACAUCCGGCAUUCGUUCGCACUAUCCCAUCAAGCAACGUCGUGAGCUCGAAACGGAGCAGCUUUCGUGGGCCGACUUCGAGGAGUGGCGCAUCAGCUACUCAGAAGAUAGUCGACCCAAAGUCCUGCCUGCUUUUUACGUCGAUUUGUUCGAGACUAGUGGUGACUUGUCGGCGGAUUCUCUUGCCCUCUACGAGACCGCUAUGGAGCAAUUUCUGACCGCCGAGCUGGGUGCCGUCUACAAUGAACGCCCUCGCGUUGCAAGUGUUCGUGCCAAAGUGCUUUCCCAACGCGUCCUUUCACAGUCCGUCACGCGCCAACGCCGUCUUGACGACACUCUUGGUGAUGGUGGUACCACCGGAACAGACGGUGUCAUGAUAGGGACGCAGUUCGAAACGCAAGUUAACGUGACUUUUGUCAAUGAUCCAUCACCCAGUGUGUACGCCAUGCGUACCCUCAUAAGUAGUAUCAUGGAUCGCGACAUGUCAGGCUUUGUUGGAAAUCUAUCGGCUGCCGCGGGCGACGAUCCCGCUCUUACCCCUACUGAGGCUAGGUACCGUGGCGCAGAGGGGGAUGGUGUCAGCAUCACAACCGACGAUCUCGUUGGAGGAUCUGACCGGGAUGACGAUAUCACCGAUGACGGUGUUGCUGGGAUCAUUGAUGGUGGUAACAGGCCGGUCGAGGAGGAUGAUCCGAAUCUCACUUUUAUUGUUCCGAUUCUCGCUGCCGCUUGCAUCCUCAUUGCGCUCUUGGCGCUACUGGUGACCCGUCGUAGAAAGCAAAACAGCAGCACGCAUCUAGAUGCCGUUGAUGAUGACAUGGAUAUUUACACCGUGGAUGGGAGGGAUGUUUUCAGCGAGGAAGACGUUGUCAGUCCCAAAGAACACAAUCGUGAAACCGAAACAAAGGUUGCACCUUCGUCUCCCGUGCUAGAUUCUACACAAGGCGACAAGGGGGCUCUGGAAGACGGCGACGACGUCUUUGCUGAUUUGCCAGACUCUCCCCAUCGCCAAACCGGGUUCGGAUCCGUCUUUUCUUUCUGGUCAAAUUUUUCAAGGGCCUCUACUAUAUUGGCUUCGAAUCGUAACAAGCCCGCCAAAGAUUCGGAAGGGUCCUCUAAGGAGGCUGCCGCGAUUGGUACUACGGCAGGUGUUGGAGCCAUUGUCGUUGCAAGAUCCAGCCGUCGGCAAAGAUCGCCGGAGAACACUCCAGGCUCGCACAUGUCUUCGCUCUAUACAUCUGAUGAGGAGGACGGAGUUCCAGACACGUCUGGGAGCGAUAUAAAUUCGACGUUUGAAACGAAUGCCACUACCGACUCCGUUCUUAUGUCCCCCCAAUUUGAGAAAAAGCGUUCUUUCGAAGAGCCCUCCUUCCACAAAUCCCAGAUUCAGGCACCAACAGCUAUAGAAACGACCAAGGAAGUUGAUUCCACUCAGUUUGUAUCCCAAGUUCUAAAGCAGACGCAAGAUGUCUCUGUCGCGCCUCAAGACGAGGACUCGGCGAAGGCGUCUUCGCUUGCUUUGGGCCUUGUCGGCGCGACGGCUCUUUCCGAGUCCCCAGAUGUUGAGGUCCUUUCACCUGAAGCUGCUGCAAACGAUCCAGCCGACGAGAAAAGCAAUCAGGUCCCACUCGGAGGGGCGGCGGUCGUCCUCUCUGCUGCCGAUCACGAGUCCGUCAAGUCAAGACCUCAAGAGGAUCAACCAGGAAGUCCUAGAGCAAACAAACGGAACUCAGUGAAAUUGGAGUGGGACAGUCCAGAAAGAAGUAGCAAAAACAUGGCGAUAGCUAAAUCCAAUGUCGAAAAAUUCUCUCCGAAAGCAGCUAGAAGCUCUGGCGGUCCUUCACUCACCUCGACUCCCCGACGAAGUGGGCGGCGGCAUGCUAAAUCCACAACGGGAGAUGGCACUAUGGAUUAUCAGGCACAGACGAUGAAUGCUGGAGAAGCCCAGACUUCUUUUGACGUUUCACUUAGCGAUACAGAAACACAUGGUCCUUCCGAAAGCCACGGAAUCACUCGCAGCCUGUUUUUCAAUACCUCCAAGAUUAAGAGUCCGAAAUCACCCAGCGAGGCACAUAACGUUGCGAGCCCAUCUUCACCAGCUUCUAUGAGCUCCUUGGGAUCCCGUAACAGCGUCUCCGUGAAAUCCGGGGCAUCGGAGCAGUCCGCUAGUCGCAAAGUGAUAGCGGAUUUGGUCUGGCUGGAAAAGAAGAUUGCGGAUGCUAGUCGUAGAAUUGCUACAUCACCACAGUCAACGAACGCCCCUGGCAAACCUAAAACGUCUGCCAUAGACCAGUCUAGCGAUUCACUUUCCUUUGCAUCUAAGGAAGGAGUAGUUUCUGCCUCCACUUCAUGCGAUUCAACCUUUGAAGUUGGUUCUCCCCAGAGCGGUUCCGGGAUGCCUCAAGCCGAGGAGCUCAUUGUAUGCCGCGACUGCUUUGCACCUCCGGGUAAACUUAAGAUAAUCAUCCAUUCCACCAAAGAUGGACCGGCAGUUCACACGGUUAAAGACGGCAGCAGUCUCACGGGUCACGUGUUCGCCGGAGACCUGAUCAUCAGCGUCGACGAUAUCGACACGAGGUCAUUUACGGCGGAGCAAGUUAUGAAGAUGAUGACAAGCAGGACCAAAUUUGAACGAAAGAUUACCGUAUUGCAUUUCGAAGCUGCCGUGGCGAAGCAGGAAGUAACGCUGUGAAGAAAUUUAUUAGGGACAGGUUAUAUUUCGU